AUGCCGGCGGUGAAAGGAGAUGGAAUGCGUGGUCUCGCGGUGUUCAUCAGCGAUAUCCGCAAUUGUAAGAGCAAGGAGGCUGAGCUCAAACGGAUCAAUAAGGAAUUGGCCAAUAUCCGAUCCAAGUUCAAAGGAGACAAAACACUGGACGGAUACCAAAAGAAGAAAUAUGUCUGCAAACUUCUAUUCAUCUUCUUGCUGGGAAACGACAUCGAUUUCGGGCACAUGGAGGCCGUCAAUUUGUUGUCGUCGAACAAGUACACGGAGAAGCAGAUUGGAUACCUCUUCAUCUCCGUGCUCAUCGAGCAGCAGUCGGAUCUGAUGAAGUUGAUCGUGCAGGGAAUCCGCAACGACUUGACGUCCCGCAAUCCAGUUCACGUCAACCUCGCUCUUCAAUGCAUCUCCAACAUGGGAUCGCGCGAAAUGGUCGAGGCCUUCUGCACGGACCUGCCAAAACUAUUGGUUUCGGGAGAAACCAUUGACUUCGUGAAGCAGUCUGCUGCAUUGUGCAUCCUGAAGCUGUUCCGCAACUCACCGGAUUCCUUCCAGCCUGGAGAAUACGCCAGCAGGAUCGUUCAUUUGCUCAAUGAUUCGCACAUGGGCGUGGUAACUUCUGCCGCUUCGCUGAUUGAAGCCCUCUCCAAAAAGUGGCCGGAAGAAUACAAAGGAGCAGUCCCAUUGGCAAUCUCACGUCUCAGCCGAAUUGUGACCGCUACCUACACCGACCUCCAGGACUACACAUACUAUUUUGUGCCGGCUCCAUGGCUAUGUGUCAAGCUCCUCCGUCUUCUUCAAAACUACCCACCACCAGAUGAUCCGUCCAACAAGGCUCGCCUUCUCGAAUGUUUGGAGGGGAUCCUCAACAAGGCUCAGGAUGCACCAAAGUCGAAGAAAGUGCAACAUUCGAAUGCCAAGAAUGCAGUGCUCUUUGAGGCCAUUGCACUUAUUAUUCACAUGGACUCGGAGCCACAAUUACUUGUCCGCGCUUGCAAUCAACUUGGAACAUUCUUGUCGCAUCGUGAAACCAAUCUUCGGUACCUGGCUUUGGAAUCAAUGUGUCUUCUGGCUACGUCCGAGUUCUCUCAUGACGCCGUGAAAAAACACCAAGAAACUAUUAUCAAUAGUUUGAAAACUGAAAGAGACGUUUCGGUGCGUCAGAGAGCUGUGGAUCUCCUUUAUGCCAUGUGUGAUCGGUCGAACGCCAAUCAGAUUGUUGCGGAGAUGCUCACCUACCUCGAGACUGCUGACUACUCGAUUCGUGAGGAGAUGGUCUUGAAAGUUGCGAUUCUGGCCGAAAAAUAUGCCACCGACUAUACGUGGUACGUGGACGUGAUACUGAAGUUGAUCCGGAUUGCCGGAGACUACGUCAGCGAAGAAGUCUGGUACCGUGUCAUCCAGAUUGUUGUCAACCGAGAGGAUGUCCAAGGAUAUGCUGCCAAGACCGUCUUUGAAGCACUGCAACGUCCAGCAUGCCAUGAGAAUAUGGUCAAGGUCGGAGGAUAUAUCCUUGGAGAAUUUGGAAAUUUCAUCGCUGGAGAUGAACGAUCAACUGCCAAGAUCCAGUUCGAGUUGUUGCACUCGAAAUUCCAUUUGUGCAGCAUCACCACUCGAUGCCUCUUGUUGACCACCUACAUAAAGUUCUGCAAUCUAUUCCCCGAAGUGAAGCCAUUGGUGCAACAAGUGUUCCAAACGGACCACAACUUGAGGAACCCAGAUGCGGAGCUUCAACAGAGAUCGAUCGAGUACUUACAAAUGGCAAAGUUGGCUUCUGGAGACGUUUUAGCAACUAUCCUCGAAGUGAUGCCAGCAUUCCCUGAAAAAGAGAGCAGUCUUCUGGCAAAGUUGAAAAAGAGCAAACCACAACUCGAGGAAAUCGAGCGCGAAGAAAAAGAGAAGCGGGCCAAGCCAUCGGCCGUGAUGAGCGAGGGAUCCACAUCCUUGGUCGAUUACGAUUCGGCCAGCGACAACACGGCCACACUAGCCGAUGUCUUUGGCAACAGCUCCGCUCCAGGACUAACACUGAACAGCGAUGAAGUCGAGAUCGCAAACAAGGCGGACAUCUCCAAGUUCGUGACAAAGAGUAAUGCAAUUCUCUGGGAAGACGACUAUAUUCAAGUUGGAUGCAAAUUGGAAACCCGCAACAACUUGGGUCGUCUUGGCAUGUUUUACGGGAACAAAACCUCACAGCCAUUCAACAAGUUCACUCCGAUCAUCACGUGUCCUGGAGCCCUCGCUGUCCAACUUCAGGCCCAAGCCAAACCGGUGGAACCGCUCGUCGCUGCUGGAACACAAGUGCAACAACUGAUCAACUUUGUCUGUGUCCAAGAAUUCCAAAAGAUGCCAAUAAUGAACAUCAAGUUCACAUUCACGGACCGCGCCGGAGCAAUCCAGAAUUUCGACAAGAAUUUCUACCUUCCACUCUUCAUCAGCAAAUUCUUCGAGCCGACGAGCAUGACCUCGGAGCAGUUUUUCAACAGAUGGAAGUCGUUGGGUGCAGCAUCCCAAGAGGCCCAAAAGAUCUUCGCUGCCCAAUCGCCAAUGGAAACCGCUACAAUCGAGACCAAGCUAAAAGGAUUCGGUGCAAACCUGCUGACAGAAGUGGAUCCAAACCCCGACAAUUAUGUGUGUGCUGGAAUCAUUCAUACGCAAACGCAACAAAUUGGAACACUGAUUCGGUUGGAGCCAAAUAAGCAAGCCAAGAUGUACCGCCUCACAAUCCGCUCCAGCAAGGACACAGUCGUGCAGACAUUGGUCGACUUAUUGGGCAACCAAUUUUAA